GAACUCUCCCGGACCUACACCUAUUCGACAUGUCUAUCUAAACAACCCCUGUCAGUUAGUACGCAGGAGCCAUGUCGACCUUCAUUUCCGGCUUGAUGGCCAGGGCUUCCGAGCAGGACGCUGCUCAGGCGGCCUUCCACAAGUCCACCGUCGAGUCGUGGACACUGUAUGCAUUCGGAGUCGCUGCGACCAUUCUCAGAACAUAUGCGCGAGGAAAUGCGGUGGGAUACAGGAAUCUACGAUCGGACGAUUAUCUCGUGUGGGUCGGAGUUUUAUUCUACACGGCGCAGACGGCCCUUGCGUACAGCGUGGGCAAGUCCGCGAAUGGUCUCGCCAACAGCGGUAUGACGGACGCGCAGCGGGCUGCGUUGUCUGUCGACGAUCCCGAGUACCGAUUCAGGGUUAUCGGAUCGAAGAUUCAACUGGCAGGCUGGACGACAUAUUCGGCUCUGAUAUGGGCGCUCAAGUUGUCUAUGCUGUGUUUCUACGUUCGACUUACGGACGGACUCGGGAAACGCUAUCGUGUUCCCGUUUGGGUCGGCUUCGGUCUCGUUGUCGGAACAUUCAUUGCCAGUAUCAUCACCAUCCUGGGAGCAUGUCGACCAAUUCACAAAUACUGGCAAAUAAAUCCCGACCCUGGAAACGUCUGUCAAGCCGGUGUCUCUAAGCCCAUCGUCUGGGUUUCCUUCGCCGCGAAUGUCUCCACCGACUUAUACCUCAUCUUUAUCCCGAUUCCCAUGCUCUGGAAAUCUAGUCUCAAGCCGAUCAAGAAGAUCGCUUCGACGAUUGUGCUCAGCACGGGAAUCUUCGUUCUUGUCUGCGCGACUCUGAAAAGUGUCUUCGUGCUUGUGGAACCGAUAGACGGCGCCCAACUAAGUGCAUCCUGGGGCACCCGUGAAGCCUUCGCAGCCGUGAUCACCACCAACCUGCCCAUGAUCUUCCACAUCCUGCGCAUCUGGCUCAGCAAGGUCUUCGGCAGCGCGUUCUACUCCACCGGACAAACAUACAAGACGCCGUCGGGCGGGUUCAAGACCAUCGGAGGCGGUGCCUACGGAGAAUCCCAGAGUCGAAGUAACCGGCGCGGACCGGCCAGCCACCCGAACACCAUAAACAUGACGUUCACGGAGAGCGAAGAGCGCAUGAUGAACGAGGAGAUCAAGAUGCAGAAUCUAAAGGCAUUCGACGGGUCCUCGGCAGCAGAGGCUGGUCAUGCGGGCGGAAACGGCGAUGUGGCUGCUGGAGCAGGAGGGAUUGUCGUCUCGAACCGCGUGGAGGUCACCAGUGAAGAUCGUCGAAGUAGUCACAACAGCAGUGAGCCGCCGGCGGAGCGGGUUCAUGAGACCUGGUAG